UCAUCUGCUUGUUUUGAAACAGUUACUUGAAUAACGCUAGACUCUCCAAGAAACACCCGUACUUCAGAAGACGACGGAUAUUUAUCUCCAAAAUAAUGCUUCUCUGCGAUGCAUUUACAAGGGUGAAACCAUCAAAAGACAUUCUUAACGUCGUUUGGAUGCUGUUCCAUUUGCUUGGACUCUCGGCAAACAUAUGGGCCUUUUGGUUACUCAAGAAAAAAUGGAAUACACUUGGAAGCCACAAACUCCUUCUAGGAACAAGUAUUUUUUCCAACGUGUUUGCUUUAGUGGUUCAUCUUUAUCUGCCAAUUAACUUCAUGCUACGAAGCGUGACAGGACUACAGUGGAGCUUAGGGUCUUCACUCUGCACCGUUCUACCACCCAUAGCAAACUUUGCACUCACAGCAUCGAUCCUCGGCUUGCUUGCCGUAGCUAUGGAUAACUAUUUCAAGAAUAUCCACAAUGAUGAAGUUAGUUCGAGAGAUGCUGAAAAUACCACUGUCUUGGUAUGGGCAAUCGCUAGCCUUCUUACCGCUCCACAGUUCUGUCAGUGCGGGAUGGUAUCCCAGGCAUAUCUCGACGCGGGAAACUGCGUCCAAGGCUGGCAGUACACAGAAUCAGGACGACUCUAUGAAGCUAGUAGGCUGAUCCUCCAAUAUAUCAUACCUUUCGCUAUCAUUGGUAAUUUAUUCAUCAAGGUCCAUAUCUACCCUUUUGGGUGGAAAAAUCGUUCCAAGUGUCGGCGAUUUUUGAGCAUAUUAACUGACCUUGUUACCGGAGUGUUCGUAGGAGCCGCUGCCUACUUAUUCCCAGUUCAAACUGUUAUGGCAUCUUGGGGUCGCUCUGUUAAUGGCUCUCCAUUUCCUGAUGUUGCUACUGUCAGCCAAGUUUUGGAAUUCUUCGCAGUGUUCUUAUGUAUUGCAACUCCGUUUGAAUUCAUCGAAAUCUUGAAUGAUGAAGAUAUUAAAGCACCUUGUUACGAGACCGACGCGCUGGGAGAGUACCAACCAGUAGACCAAGCCAUUAAAAUUAAUAAAGGAAAUCUAAGCGAGAAAAUAUUCAAGGAAAAGCCCUCGGAUGAAUUGCUAAAAAGUUUGAUAAAUGAGGAACCAUUACGCUUGAAGAAUGAGAUCAUAGUAUGAGCGAAGAAGCUGCUUUCCAUUCAUGAAUACUCGCAUUAUUGCGCUGCCACACACGACACAGCAUGCCACAAGCGAACUAUACGAUGGGCUUCCUUGCCUUGGAAGUUCCUCUGCUUCCAGAAUUAAAAUAAGUUACUUCAAUUCUAAAAAGAAGUAAAAGCGCCAAACACACAAUGGCAUAUAGUUUGCUAGAGUUUCGUCCUUAUAAUUGCAUGAACGUAACAUUUCUCCGCUAACUCGUACACUUUAAACGGGAAAAUCCUAAAUAAAUAAAAUCUCAUUUUAUUCUUCGUA